GACUGGAUGAGCGGGGGCGCUGCAGCGGCGGAGCGGCUGACGCCGAGUCCGCGCCCACUGGCUCCCCUCCCCGCCUUCUUCCGCGGCUGCUGGCUCCUUCCCCCGCCCGCCCAGCGCCGCCACCCCGGAGCGCUGCCGGGAACUCCCCGGGAGUCUCAGGUACUGGCGCCGGCCUGGUUCCUGAGAGAGUGGCUGGCAUUGGGAAUCCUAGAAAGGAAACGGAGGUGGUGAAUACAUAUUCUGAGAAAUAGAGAAGUGUUUCUUGAGUAAAAAAUAUGCCUCCUAAAUUCAAACGCCACCUAAAUGAUGAUGAUGUUACUGGUUCUGUGAAAAGUGAAAGGAGAAAUCUUUUGGAAGAUGAUUCAGAUGAAGAAGAAGAUUUUUUUCUAAGGGGACCGUCUGGACCAAGAUUUGGACCUAGAAAUGAUAAAAUUAAGCAUGUUCAGAAUCAGGUGGAUGAAGUUAUUGAUGUCAUGCAAGAAAAUAUUACAAAGGUAAUUGAAAGAGGGGAGAGACUAGAUGAACUACAGGACAAAUCAGAAAGCUUAUCGGAUAAUGCAACUGCUUUUAGCAACAGAUCCAAACAACUUCGAAGGCAAAUGUGGUGGCGUGGAUGCAAAAUAAAAGCCAUCAUGGCUUUGGUUGCUGUUAUCCUUUUGCUAGUGAUUAUCGUUCUUAUAGUUGUGAGAUACCAUUGAGUUGAGUCAAUGACAGAUCUUCAUUAAACAAAAUCUGGGACAAUAAAAGAUUGCUGCGUAAUUUAAAUGAAACGUAUGUAUAUAACUUUCAAAAAAUUUUUCAAGAAAAUAAGAGGCAAGUAUCACUUCAAAUUAGAACAUUGAGAAUAUCCAUUUAUCUUCUUCCUUUCUAACAAAAUGUGCUUUUAAUCAUUAUGUUUAAGGCAAAGAUAACCAGCCUCUAUAUUUGCCAUCUUCCAAGGAUCUAAUUUGAAACUAGAUACUUGCCAGUUCAUUAUUUGUGUACAUUAUUUGUGUAUAUAAAGGUUGAUAUUUCAUAAUGUGAUUUUAAUGGCCUAACGACUUGCAUUAUUGCAUUAAGGUGAGGUCAUUCUAGCAGUCAGCAGAUCUGUGUAAAAUAUAAGUCAUUAUGCUAAAAAGAUGCACAAUCAUUCUGGCAGUAUUUGCAAGAUUCUUCAAUUGUUUUGCAAACAGAUUCCACAUAUUUAUGGAUGUAACAAAGCUAAAUGUUGUAAAUGUUGCUACCUUCAGCUAUAACUAAACAUUCCAGCAAACCUAUUUUUCACUGUAUAAAGGAAUGUACUAAUUUUCUGGCAUUUAGAUUAUGGAAAUGAGAUAUUUAAAUAGUGUGAAAAGCAUAAUACUGCACCUUAACACUGGAGAUAAUAAAAUUAUUGGAUGUCACUGGAGUGUUUUGAAAUGAGCAAUAUAUAGCUACAAAUCAUGUAGCUGUUUGUAAUUAGCUUCUGACAAAGAUGGACCAACCCUGUCUGAAUAAAUGAAAUCCACAGGUGACUUACUCCCAUUUACUUCAACUAACUUUUUACCCAAAGGACUAAAGACAGCAACAAUCAUCUGCUUAGAAUUUGCGCUUUUUGCAUUCCCUGAUCAUCCCCUGGGAGAUGCAUGUUGCACAAUCAAGUGUCAAAUUAGCAAACUAAUCUGUCUUCAUCAGUCCGUUAUCAGAUGCUAGGAGUCACUGUUACUCUUUUUUAUAAUAAAGUGUGUUACUUUUAAAAUGUGCCAACCUCCUUGUGUUGUUUAAAACAAGUCAAAGUGAAAAUAGUCCUCCAAUGUGUGUGAGGAGUAAGUUUUAAUAAAA